AGCUUGGGCCCAGCAUUUCGGCUACUCAUCCGUGGGUCCAAAUUAAGUCCGAACUUACACAAAAUCCUAAUCGAUAGGGCGCCCCGGCGCUAUAAAACCCAAACAGCCGAAUGCCAAACCCUAACCCUAGCAGCUGCUGUCGUAUCGUUUAUCUCGCUCAUCCUCCAUCAGACAUCAACCAUGGUGAACGUCCCAAAAACAAAGAAGACUUAUUGCAAGUCAAAGGAAUGUCGUAAGCACACCUUGCAUAAGGUUACACAGUACAAGAAGGGGAAGGAUAGUUUGGCCGCCCAAGGCAAGCGCCGAUAUGAUCGGAAACAGUCUGGUUAUGGUGGGCAAACAAAACCUGUUUUCCACAAAAAGGCAAAAACUACUAAAAAGAUUGUGUUGAGGCUUCAAUGCCAGGGUUGCAAACAUGUAUCCCAGCAUCCAAUUAAGAGGUGCAAGCAUUUUGAAAUUGGUGGAGACAAGAAAGGGAAGGGGACAUCUCUUUUCUAAAUGGCAAUUAUUGGAAAUUGCAGUUCUGAUCUUCUUGUUAUUCUAUGUUGCUCGACCUUUCAAUUUAAAUGUUGGUGUUUGCAUGCUGUGUUGCCAGGAUAAGUAGAUGCUCAUUUUAAAUACUGAUCAGGUUAUACCCUCUUUUUUAUAUGCUUUAAAAUUUGUGGGUCUAUUUGCAGAAUGUUGCAGCAUAACUUAUAUUCCCCUUUCCCUGAUCAAAAACACAAAAGGAAACGAAAAAGAAUCUAGGAAUGCAGUAUAGCUUGAAUUAGUUAAGUUGUAAUUAUAGUAGUCAAAUAUGUUUUCAAUGUUUACCUAAAAAUGGAUGUUGUAAAAACUUCUUGCCUACAUUCAAUAGGCUUGAGGCAAAUCGUAGUAUGCUUGAAGUGAUAUUGUGCCCCAUAUAUAUAGUGUUUUUUAUGAAAAAAUUGUUGAUACAUUAGAACAGCAUUGUUUACUUAAUGUUUUGGGGGGAAUUAUGGCAUUG